AGUAUGUGCAAGCCUUAUAGAUUGCAAUCACAGGCUGAUGUCUCUCUUACAAGGCCUUCGUAUGAGACCCAUUGCCUCCGUCUGGCAUCGGCUCCACCUGCCUACGUCGAUCCACCAGCCUAUCAUACCUUUGUUGCAUUACACAAGUGGCGAGUUUAGAUUGCCGUUAGGAGAGGAAGACAACCCGAUUCUGCCAUCACCCAUCCUGUGUUCUUUUCUGGUUGUUAAGCGCUGAGCGGCAGGCUCAUAACCAACACGAUGUUGCUCUAUUCACCGACUAACUCCUUACGGAUAGACGGGACCUGUGACAUUGCUGCCCGAAAAAUAUUCUCCGCGUCAGCGAGCACACACUUCAUUGAAUAUGAGGCACCGACGUCUUUCACACUUAAAACUUUAAAUGGUAAACAGCCUACGCAACUGACGCCUUUGCUGGCGAGCCCAUUCCUGGCUAGCCACGUAGACGCGAGCUUUCAGUGUGUCAAGGAAAGCUCUUUGUAUGACCAGCAUACGAGGUUUUAAGAGGAGACAAUAUAACAUUGAUAGGCGGCAAUACCCAGCAGCAGCAAGUCUGACGACCCCGGGGUCUGCGUCUGGACACAUGUCCGUCAAUGCCAUCAACUACCGCACGGACGCAAUCAGCUGCAAAACUUGAAACCUGUCCGCCUAUCUUGUCUCUUAGCAAUCACAACCUAGCAAUAGCCAUUCAGGCCGCACACUGAUAUAUACUUCACAUUGGGCUUGAUUCGCAUCCACCUUUGGCUUGCUUCAACGCGCUCCAUAAGGCUUUGGCUGUUAACCCUAGCAUCCAAGAUCAUACCCAAAGUGUGUCCUUAGGAAAUUCGACCGCACGGUUGUGCUCCUCAAUAACCAAAUUCAACGCCCGCCGAGGACCUUCCUGCUUAGCCUCUUUCCUCACUUGCGCGCAUCUUAACCAUUACUUUCAAAACAGCACUUCCAGUACUAACAAAUCUGCCCUAGCAGAAAGGACGCCAAGGCGACCCCGGCUCUCGCCCUUCCUCGGCCGCCGCCCGUCGUGGCCCCAUGCGGCACUUCUUCGCAGCCUUGGCGCUAGCGCUCACCGCCGGGCUGGCAUGCAGCCUGCCAGCGGCCUUUGCGGCGGGGUCCACUGAUGAGCCAGGCCCUCCGGGAGGUCUGCUUCGCUCCGCAGGCGGUCUGAGCGCCAUCCUCCGCGGCUUGAGCCACACCCCCGACACCGCUUCAACCGCCACCACCACCACCAGCACUACAGAGCCUGGCGCCUGGGGUACAUCCAUCCCCGAAACCACCAGCGAUGCAUCGGCCGCCGCCGCUACAACAACCACCGCUGUCACAACCAGUCCUGCAGGCGACGGCUUGACGGCUCUGCAGCUGCUGCUGGCGGGGUUCCAAGCGGCAGCAGCGGCGGCUGCUCGGCUGGCUGAAGUCACCACUGCGAGCACUGCGGAGCUCUUUGCUAGCAUGCAGGGGCCGGGGGGCAGCAGCGACGGCAGCAGCAGCGGCGGCGCUAUAACCAUCACAAAUGAGGACGUCGUCCCGGCCGCUGCC